AUUCCGCCUUGAUACCUCAUCCAAUCAUCUUCAAACGAACGAAGCUAAGCACUUCUCUUGCAUCACAUAGAUCUCCCAUGCUUCUUUUAAUACAUAGAGAAAGAUAAAUUAGAAGAAAUGAUGAUAAUGAUUGAUACUUCCAUAGCCGUUCGGUUCUCCGCCGGUGCAAAUUUCUGCUCCUCCACGGCCUUGCACCAUUAUCGUCAAACGGAGGAAGUUAACGGUGUCCACUUCACCUCUCGCCGGCUUAUUCGUUCUGGCCGCUUGUCUGUACCUUGGAGUAAAUUUGGAAGAUUAGAUAGAGGUUCUUUCUUAAGAAGAAGUUUAAAGAAGACGAUUCGCGCAUCUUUAGAGCAGAAUGAUGGUAGACGGCAAUACCAUCCGUUCGAGGACAUUGCAGAGUCAACAUCAGAAAAUAGUGGAGAUGCGAUGCUCACACCUCAAGAAAUCGCUAGAACCAUUGUUGAGGUCAACAGCAAAGCAACGCUAAUGUUGACUGGUUUAAUCAAUGAUGAUAUUCAUGAGAAUAUCAUCUGGCCAGACGUGCCUUAUGUUACUGAUGAACAAGGAAAUAUCUACUUUCAAGUGAAGAAUGAUGAAGACAUUUUGCAAACCAUUAGUUCAGAAAAUAAUUUUGUGCAAGCCAUUAUAGGCUUUGAUACUAUGGAAAUGAUGACUGAAAUGGAGUUAUUAGGUCCAUCAGAAAUUGAUUUUGGGAUUGAGGGAAUUGAUGAUGAAGAUAGUGAUAUUGAAGAUGAUGAAGAUGAGGAUGAGGAUGAGGAUGAUGCAGACGAAGAUUAUGAUGACGACUCGGUAGCUGUUCUUGAAGAUGAAGAUGAGGAAGAUGACAAUGAGACACUUGGUGACUGGGCAAAGUUGGAGACCAUGCGGUCUUCUCAUCCAAUGUAUUUUGCCAAAAAGCUUGCCCAGGUUGCUUCAGAUGAUCCUAUAGAUUGGAUGGAGCAACCUCCAGCAGGUUUAGCCAUUCAAGGUCUCAUAAGACCUGCCUUCAUUGAAGAACACUCCGACAUCCAGAAGCAUAUGUCUGGCAACCUGUCACACAAUUCUGAUAUAAAUGAGACUGGAAAAAAUGUCGAUAGCAAACUGGAGAAUGAUAGUGGGAUCAAUGGUCAUGAACAUGAACCAGGUAUAUCUGAAGAUAAUUCAGUUGGGGCAGAAGAGUCACAGAAGGAUAAGGCACCGAGAAAUGGGACUUCAUUUUACAAGCUGGAGAUGAUUAAAAUUCAGCUGAUUUCAUCUCUUGGACAACAGACUGUGGUUGAAGAAGAGGAUUUUAGGAAGGCUCAACCUGAUGCUAUUGCUCAUUCGUCAGGCAAAAUUUUAUCUCGCCUGAAAGCUGGUGGAGAGAAAAUCACACAGGCUUUGAAGUCUCUAUGUUGGAGAUGUAAGGGUCUUCAAGUGGAGGAGGCAGCAGUUAUCAGCGUAGAUUCCCUUGGCUUUGAUGCAAGGGUUUGUUCUGAGACAAAAAUUGAAACACUGCGGUUUUCAUUUAAUUCACGGGCCACUUCAGAAUAUAGCGCUGAGAGACAGCUCAAUGAUUUAUUAUUCCCAAGGAUACCCCAAAGAGCGGCCAAAAAGAAACAAUCAUCAAAAUGAAUUCAAAUUUUGUCAAGUACCACAUUCCAGUUUAAAUAUUGGAUGUUUUGUAGUAAGAACCGAAUUCAGCAAGUGAAAAAGAAUCCUUGCAGGUUGCGAUCUCUUGUAUUUGUUUGAUGCUAGUAAUAAUUAUUUUAAUCUAUCCAUUCCCAUUUUUCCAAA